AAAGGAAGCAACACACUAUUCUAUACAAAAUUCAUUAGGAACAACUUGUCAAUAAUUUGGUUUUAUUUUUCUCGACUAACACUACCGGGACUGCGCUCUUCCCGGCCUUUGACCGGAAACCAGAGAUCGUGUAACCUCUCGAAAUGGCCUUCCCACGCAUGAUGAGCGCCCUGCAGCGGAGCCUCGGUUUGUACGGGAGGAUUCAGGUGGCCAAAACUACUCAGUCUCUGGGAGUAAAAGCGAGACUCUUGACACACAGCAUCCGGCCUGGUGAUGUGCAAAUCGUGCGCGGAUUGGCGAAGGAGUGCGAUCCAGUCAUCAAGGGCGUGGUAGUGGGCGUGUACGCCAAGGAGGGUGACAAAAAUCCCAAGCUGACGGCCAGUGGCGAGAAGUUCGACGACCGGACGCAGGGCAAGAUAUCGGAGCUGCUGCGAGAAACUGGCCUGGGCGGCAAGCUGGGCCAGGGUAUGGUCUUCACCAAUGUGGAUGCAGAGUUCCGGGCUGUGGCUGUGGUGGGUUUGGGCCAAGAGGGUGCAGCCUACAACGAUCUGGAGCUGAUUGACGAGGGAAUGGAAAAUGCCCGCGUGGCCGCCGGCGUGGGGGCUCGAGCCCUGCAGCUUCAGGACUGCACAGAGGUGUUUGUGGACUCCAUGGAUUACCCAGAACAGGCAGCCGAGGGCAGUGCCUUGGCCAUCUGGCGCGCCAACAGCAACCUGCGCCGACAGGACCGCAUUCAGAUUCCAAAACUCCAUUUGUACGAAUCGCCGGACGUAGAUGCCUGGACGCGGGGAUUGUUCAAAGCGGAGUCCCAGAACCUGGCUCGCCGGCUGAGUGAUGCUCCGGCGAAUCAGAUGACACCGACCAUAUUCGCCCAGUCCACAGUGGAUGCCCUGUGCCCGUGUGGCGUUUCCGUGGAGGUGCGAACCAUGGACUGGAUAGAAAACAACCAAUUGAACUCCUUCCUGAUGGUGGCCAAGGGCAGCUGUGAGCCGCCGGUGAUCCUGGAGGUUGGCUACUGCGGUACUGCGCCCGAGGACAGGCCCAUUAUGCUGCUGGGCAAGGGCCUGACCUACAACAGCGGCGGCCUGAGUCUGCGGUCCAAGGACUGCAUGCACACGUAUCGGGGCUGCAUGGCCGGAGCGGCGGUUUGUGUGGCCACCGUUCGGGCCGCGGCGGCUCUGUCACUGCCCAUAAACGUGACCGCCCUGUUGCCGCUGUGCGAGAACAUGCCCUCCGGCAUGGCCGUGAAGCCGGGCGAUGUGGUCACCCUGCUCAAUGGCAAGACCAUGGGCAUAGUAGACACAAGCAAGGCUAGUGUCCUGGUAAUGGCCGAUCCCUUGCUCUAUGCCCAGACCACCUUCAAGCCUCGCCUGUUGGUGGACCUGGCCACUGCAGGCUAUGGCGUCUGCGCCGGUCUGGGAGGAUCCGCUGCCGGUUUAUUCACCAACUCGAAUUUUGUGGCCAAGCAGUUUGAGAAGGCCGGCGCUUUGACGGGCGAUCGGCUGUGGCGUCUGCCCCUGUGGCGCUACUUCAAGGAGCUGGUGACCCCCAAUCGCAGCUUCGACAUUAGCAACCGGGGACGGGGCCCCGCCUCCAGUUGCAUUGCCGCCGCCGUGCUGCACGAGCUGGUGCCGUGUGCGGAUUGGGCCCACAUCGAUAACCGGAACGUGGGCAUGCUGACACGACACAAUCCGUUGCCGUAUUUGCUCAAGGAAACCAUGACGGGCAGACCCACGCGCACGGUUAUCCAGUUCCUCGUCCAGAUGGCCUGCGGAGAGGCAUAAAUGAUCGAGGACUUUUUUUUUACUGUUUUUUAUUGCUUCUAUUGUUUGUUUUUGGCUUUAAGUUUUCGUGUUUGUUCUGUCCCUAUGUCCCACGGCUUGUUCAAAAUUUAAAGGUUUCCUGUGGAAGGAUGAAGUUUUAAGACAAGACCAAGAUCGUCAACAUAUUAACGUGAGAAUGGAAUCUAUGGAAGCCUUCUUAAGCAUAAUUAAAUGGUUUUAAUUGCCUUAA